GCAACAGCGCUGCAUCCAUCCUCAACCAUGGAAGACAUUUACAAAGCAGCGGUUGAGCAGCUGACUGAGGAGCAGAAGAAUGAAUUCAGGGCAGCUUUUGAUAUUUUUGUGCAAGAUGCUGAAGAUGGUUGCAUUAGUACAAAGGAGCUGGGUAAAGUGAUGCGUAUGUUGGGUCAGAAUCCAACCCCUGAGGAAUUACAAGAGAUGAUUGAUGAAGUGGAUGAAGAUGGCAGUGGAACUGUUGACUUUGAUGAGUUCUUGGUGAUGAUGGUGAGAUGUAUGAAAGAUGAUAGCAAAGGAAAAUCAGAAGAAGAACUGGCAGAAUUAUUUCGAAUGUUUGAUAAAAAUGCUGAUGGUUACAUUGACCUCAAUGAAUUAAGAACAAUGCUGGAAGAAACAGGUGAAUGCAUCACUGAUGAUGACGUUGAAGAGCUUAUGAGAGAUGGUGACAAAAAUAGUGAUGGAAAAAUCGAUUAUGAUGAGUUCUUGGAAUUCAUGAAAGGUGUUGAAUAAAUGUCAUAAGACCGAUACUAAGAGUCCAGUUAUUUACUUGUUGUGACACUUCUUUGGUCUGUUAUGGAUUAGUAUAAAUAGUCAACUGGCUUAGGAACAAUCGAUUUAAAACUACGGUCAAGUCCAAGAUUCCAUGUUAUUCAAAUACUUGUGGAUUUCUAUCAAUGAAUGUAUAUAAUUGGAUAUUGAAUGUAAUCUUUUAAAAUAAGAAAAUUGUAACAGCUGUUGAA